AUGAACGACUCGAAAAUUCAGGUAGGCCUAAAGAAGCUCCCAAUUCACCUUCAGAGCUCGCAAAAUCGUCUGUUGAUCAAAGGUGGUAAAAUUGUCAAUGAUGAUAGAAGCUUUCAUGGUGACAUCUACAUCGAGGAUGGUAUCAUAAAGCAAGUGGGAACACAGUUGACCAUCCCCGGCGGAGUCCGCAUCAUUGAUGCUGCUGGGAAACUGGUUAUCCCAGGUGGCAUUGAUACUCAUACACAUCUCCAGAUGCCUUUCAUGGGCUCCGUUUCCUCUGACGACUUUUACUCCGGAACUAAAGCAGCCAUAGCUGGUGGGACAACAACUAUAAUUGAUUUCGUCAACCCAUCUAAAGGCACUUCUUUACUUAAAAUGUAUGAACAAUAUCGGGAGUGGGCAGAUUCCAAAGUGUGUUGUGACUAUGGACUUCAUGUGAUUGUGCCACAUUUCAAUGAACAAGUGGCCAAGGAAAUGGAAAUCCUAGUCAAAGAGAAAGGCGUGAAUUCUUUUAAAAUAUUUCUAGCCUAUGCGGAUUCCCUCUUACUGGAAGAUGAUGAAGUGUUUCAAGUAUUUCGUGUGUGCAAGCGCCUGGGUGCAUUGGCUAUGGCUCAUGCAGAGAACGGCAAACUUAUCAAACUUCUUCAAGAUGAAAUAUUUCAAUCGGGUAUAACCGGUCCGGAGGGUCAUCUUUAUUCACGACCGGAAGAGGCUGAGAUCGAGGCUACUAGCAGAGUAGUGACAAUUGCCGAUGCUGCCGGAUGUCCAUUGUACGUGGUCCAUGUGAUGAGCGCUUUGGCUGCCAAGUUGAUCUCGGAUGCUCGACAUCGAGGAUCGGUGGUAAUGGGCGAAGCGGUUGCUUCUGCUUUGGGAACGGACGGUAGGAAUUAUCUGGAUGCUUGUUGGCGUCAUGCAGCAGGACAUGUGAUGAGCCCUCCCCUGAGGCCCGAUCCGAAUAACUCGGUGGAACUGAUGAAAUGUCUUGGACAUGGUGAAUUGGAAACCACCGGAACCGAUCACUGUGUAUUCAAAACUGAACAGAAAGCUAUGGGCAAGGAUGAUUUCCGCAAAAUACCCAAUGGAGUCAAUGGCAUUGAGGAUCGAAUGUCAGUUAUCUGGGAAAAAGGCGUGGUCCCAGGAAUCUUGGAUCCUUGCAAAUUCGUCGCCGUGACCAGCACGAAUGCGGCAAAAAUAUUCAAUCUUUAUCCACGUAAAGGUCGCAUUGACGUAGGAAGCGAUGCCGACCUGGUUAUUUGGGAUGGUGAAGCAACCCGUACAAUUUCUGCUUCAACACAUCAUCAGAAUGUCGAUUUUAACAUUUUCGAGGGAAUGCGUUGCCAUGGCGUUCCUGUGACUGUGCUUUCUGGUGGUCGCGUAGUACUUGAGGACGGAGAGCUACGAGUUACUCAGGGAGCUGGGCGUUUCCUCCCGUGUGCACCGUUUCCACCAUACGUGUAUGAUCGCCUGAAGCCGUUGGAAAAGGCACGCGCUGUUACCCUGAUCGAACGUCCACCUUAUACUGGUCCGGUGUCUACGGAAUUUUGUUUGACUGAUAGUUCCAGUCCAGUAAAGAACGGACAGGUUGCAGAAGCCGUCGGUGCGAACGGAGACGGCCCUCGUUUGCGGGCUCCAACUUGUGGGGGUGGAAGGAACAUGCAGGAAUCCAGCUUUUCUCUCAGUGGAGCUCAAAUCGGCGAUGACCACCACGUCCGCACUACCAUUCGCACCAGACAGCCUCCUGGUGGUGCUGCCAAUCCCCUAUGGUAGGACUUCCAGCUCGUUCACGGACAAUCGCUUUGACUUUAGUAAAAUCCCACCACUUGCGUUUUAAUCUCAAGUAUAUCCUUUCCUUACCGUAUCUUUUAUUUUAUACCUCAAUGGCCCAUUAAAAACGAGCUCGAGUAUUCAAUCAUGCUUCUUUUGGCUUAUGAUUCUGCCGACAAUCAACUCUGUUCGUUUUGUUCCCUCGAUUUUUUUAACUUUAUGUUCCAAUUUCUAUGCACCAGUGGAUAAAUCACUGCUUCCUAUCGUGAU